AUGAUGAUGACCAUGGAUCAACCUUGUACUGGUUUCGGUGAUUUUGGCGGUUAUUCUUCAUCGGAUCCGUUUACAACGAAUCAAUCGACAUCAUCACCUAUUAAUAGUGAUCCAGAUGUUGACUGGAGUGUAUUUGAGAAUGCUGAACGAUAUUUAUUACGUGAUGAUAGUGCAUGGAUAACACGUUUGAGUAAAGACUUUUGGUGGAAUCUCGAGCGUAUAUCUGAAAUGAUAACUUCAGAUUAUACACCGGCUCAACAAAUGAAUAAUAAUAAUAAUAAUAAUGGUACAUUUAAUCGAUCAUCUUUACCAGCACAAAAAUUUCAACAACAACAACAACAACAACAACAACAACAACAACAUCAACACCAACAGCAGCAACAACAACAUCAGCACCAACAUCAGCAGCAACAACAACAACAACAACAACAACAGUUUAUUCAACCAGUUGCACAGACAAAAGCUUAUUCUCAACAACAAGUACCAACACCAAUGCAGUUUAGUGGUGUUCCACCACGUAAAAUCGUUGGCCAACGCGCACAAUUACCAACAAAUAAUACAUAUCGAAAUAAUUCAAUGUUUAAUAAUGGUUUUGCAUCACCACCACCAUCAUCAUCGUCUUCAUCGUCAUCAUCUGGUUCAACUAUUGUUCGACCAAUAAAUAAUAAUAAUAAUAAUAAUAAUAUUCAUAACAAUGCGAUGAAUUCAAAUAUUAACAUUCCAGAUAAAUCAAAUUUUUUUCAAGCUUUUUCAUCAAUGUCUAUUGCUGGUGGUAAUCAUGAUCAGGAUAUGGAAUAUAAUCCAUUUCAAUCAAAAAUAUCUUUCGAUAAUAAUAUGUGGGGAAAUAAUUCCCAACAACCAAUCCCGUGGCAAUAA